AUGGCGCACCGCAUAGUAACUCAAGUCUUUGUCACCGGCGCCCGCGUCUUUGGCCGCGCCUUCGCCGAAGCAUACCGUCACGCCUCUGCCUCACAAAAAUACCAAGCCGCCACUGGAAUCAAGGGAGCUACCGGUGGAGCUGGUCUGACAUUGGAUGAGGCUUGCAAGAUUCUGAACGUCGGUCCUCCCAAGGGCGGCAAGGCCAACAUGGAACAAGUGACGGAGCGCUUCAAGAAAUUGUUCGACCAAAACGACCCGAAGAAGGGAGGCAGUUUCUACCUGCAGAGCAAGGUUUUGCGAGCAAGAGAGAGGAUUGAGAUGGAAGUGCGUGAGGCAGCGAGGGCAGCAGAGAGAGAAGCAGAAUUGCAAGAAGGGUGGAAGCCAAAGGUUUACAAGAACCGAUAG